AUGAGGGUGAAUUUUGAAGUGAGAACAAACAGGUCUUCCAGAUUUUAUACCGUCAACGCCGGUAUAAAAUGGCAUUAAUGGCAUUGUUAUGCUUUCGAAACUCAUGAAGCAUCAAAUGUUUAAUACGUGAUUUAUCCUUUGCUCUUCCAUUCCCAUAAGGUUGACUCAAAUUUUUUCAAAGUUUAACAAUAAACUAGACACUAUAAACAGUCAAUAUAUUUAACUAGAAUAUUUAAGUUAAAUUAUUGUCACUGGAUGGCAAUGUUUAUUAAAUUUGAAGAAAACGACAUUACUUCUGGGCAUUCCUAAUGUAUUUAUGUUUCUUGGUAAAUCGAAGGGGGGAGAGCCAAUUCGCCCUGUGAAUAAGUGUUCGCAACUCUAUCAGUGUCAGCCAAUAUUAUCAGGUCAACACUUAGUUACGCUUAAAGAUUUAUUUAAAAAAAUCAAAAAAAACUGGAAGAAACGAGGCGAAAAGACUCGAUGGGACUCAAGGUCGCUGAAAAACUCGACGGUGUCUGGUUUGCGCAGAAGACGAACAUACAGCAGCUAAAGGACGAGAUACGGGAGAAGCUGCCGGAAACAACGGCGGAGGGUAAUGGCGGCACGUCGAUAACCGGAACGAAUUCGACCGGCACGAGCACAUUAAGGCACCGCAAAAACAGGCCGGCUCCGCAGCCACCCCAGCGACCUAGUUCGCAUAAUGGGGCGAUCUCGGCACCGGAACAACUCGAGAUCAGGGCACCGUCGGAGCUGCUCCUCGGCGUACCGUCCACCCUCAAGACGCAGUGGAGGCACCAGCCAAAAGCUCUAGUCACCGGUUGCGUCACGUACGUCGCCAACAGCCGGCUAACUGGCGGCCUUUACCCCCUCCAAGUGGAGAGAUCGAUGCAGUAGAGGGGAUAGUGCAAGCGAUCAGAAUAGUAAGGACAAGGGCUCCAGUCGGCUCUGCUUUAAAGCAUGUAGCCUCUACUUUAACAGUCGUUAGUUCGUGUAGAAACAUUAAAAAAUUUUCCUUGUAAUUAGAUCCACCAUCAUUUUAAAGACUGA